CAACCCUGCAUACACCGAAAAUGACAAGUCACGAAAACAAAUGUUGAGUCUCCGUUAGCAAACAACAACAAUAGACCAUAGCUGCUUACAACUCGUAAAUCUCGUAUAUCCUCGAAAGUGCGUCGUGGUGCGUUACUAGCCAAAACCCCAUCAACAAUGGACGCCUGCUACGCAGUAGAAAAAGAAGUCGAUCGUGUCCUCUCCAAGUUCCAAGGCAUCGAUGACCAUACAACGCGUUCAUUACAAGACCUCAUCGAUACCGUUGAAUAUCUCCGAAAAGAAUGGUCCACUACCCCGGCAGAGCACGAGAUGACCGCAAUACAAAAAGAUGUCCUCAAACAAACAAUGACGAAAAUCAAAGACACUGUCAUGCAUCUCGCCACAGAUCAUCGCGAUCUCCACGGCACCGUCUCCAAAGUAGGCAAAGCAAUCGACCGUAACUUCGUCCCGGAUUUCUCAUCAACCACCAGCAAAGAUGACAUUUUCAACACACCAGACAAAGUGGAAUUGGUCAACAAAGUCAUCAUACAACACCUACAGAGACAUGGCUUCUAUGAAGUGGCUGAUAUUCUCAUGGGUGAAGCAAAUGUAGCACUGGAACACAGCGAUAAAGAAUGUUAUCUGGAAUUGAAUCAUAUUCUCGAUGCACUGCAGCAACACAAACUGGAUCCGGCUCUGCAUUGGGUAGAAGUACAUCGAGAUGCAUUAGCAAUGAAUAACUCUUCAUUAGAGUUUAAACUACACCGACUUAAAUUCAUAGAGUUGAUAAGGCAAGGCCCGCCGGCGCAGAAUGAAGCCAUCGGAUAUGCACGCACGCAUUUCAAACAAUUCGUGAAUAGACACGAAAAAGACAUACAAUCACUCAUGGGAUUGUUGUUAUACGUUCCGAAUGGCAUUGAUAACAGUCCUUAUAGUUGUCUGUUGGAUAGGGAGGAAUGGGUGGAUGUCUAUGAGAUAUUUUUGAAAGAUGCGUGUACUUUACUCGGAAUCAGUGUGAAUUCACCACUGACGACUUGUGUCAAUGCUGGCUGUACUGCUAUCCCUGCUUUAUUGAGUAUUAAACAAGUUAUGAUGCAGCGACAAGUCUCAGGGAUAUGGAAUGGCAAAGAUGAAUUACCUAUUGAAAUUGAUCUUGGUAAUGAUUCACGGUAUCAUUCGAUGUUUGCUUGUCCAAUUCUCCGCCAGCAGUCGACGGAUAUCAACCCGCCGAUGAGAUUAGUCUGCGGACACGUUAUAUCUCGUGAUGCGCUCAAUAAAUUGUGUAAUGGCAGCAAUUUUAGGAUGAAAUGCCCGUAUUGCCCUAUGGAACAGAGUCCGACCGAUGCGCGUCUUAUCAUUUUCUAAAUUCAUUUUUUUCAUGUACACAUCAGCUACACUACACUUCCACUUACAGUAAAAUAAUAGAUCUCUGACGAUUUGCAGUUUGUAGGUGAGUUAUGUUAACACACGUUUGUUUUUGCGGAGAAAUUUGUUUAUUUGUUGGGAUUUUUCAAGUCGAAUACGAAGAUUAAUGUGUUACUUUUAGUUAGAUGAAGAAUAUUGGACUUAGCAUAGGAUGGAAUAACAGAUAUAUGCAUUGUUUUACAGUUUACACUUUAUAAAAGAGUCUGGUGUAAUAAAAUAUUAAUAUAUUUAGUAAAAGUAAGAAA